CGCGUCCAGGUCUUCUUCCUCCUCUCAAUUGCUCCUCCCCUAGUCCACGAGCAAGUCUGCAAGUGCAUGAGGUGAGUCCCCUCCCAAAUCCCCAUCUCCUUCUAUUUUCUCAUAGAUAGAUUCUUUCUCAAAUCCAACAGCAGCAAGUAGAUCUGCAGCCUAUAGCAGCAUAUUCUCCAGCAACCCAGCUGCUGAGAGCGACCAUGGACCUCGCGACGGGGGCCAUGGGCAGCCUCCUCCUCAAGCUUGGCCAACUCCUCACGGAGGAGUACAAGCUCCAGACGGGCGUCAAGGAAGAUGUUGAGUAUCUAGAGAGAGAGCUGGAGAGCAUGCAUGCUGCCCUCCGCAAGGUUGGGGGCGUGCCGCGAGACCAGCUCGACGAGCAGGUCAAGCUCUGGGCCAACCAAGUCAGGGACUUGUCAUUCAGAAUGGAGGACGUCGUCGACAAGUUCCUGGUGCGCGUCGAGGGAGCUGAGCCAGCCAUCAAGCCACACAAACUCAAGAAGCUCAUGAAGAAGAUGGGGAACUUGUUCAGCAAGAGCAAGACUCGCCAUGAGAUCUCUGAUGAGAUCAGAGACAUCAAAGUCCGCGUCAAGGAGGCGGCUGACCGACGUGAUAGGUACAGGGUCGACGACGUGGUUGCUAAUCCUGUUGGCGCAACCACGGUUGACCCUCGCCUAUUGGCUUUAUACAAGGACCAGAAAGAGCUCGUUGGUAUUGAUGAUUCGUUGAAUGAGCUAACCAAGAUGAUGAGUGAUGGGGAUGCUGAUGCGUCCAAGCAACUCAAGAUACUCUCUAUUUUCGGAUUCGGAGGCCUUGGCAAGACAACUCUUGCCAAAGCAGUGUAUGAUAAGCUUAAAGCGCAAUUUGAUUGCUGUGCUUUUGUUCCGGUUGGACGGAACCCUAGCGUGAAGAAAGUUCUCAAUGACAUACUCCUUGAAAUUGACGGCCAAAAGUACCCGGAGUUCGAUGAAAGACAGCUAAUCAACAAACUCCAAGGAUUACUCGAGAACAAAAGGUACUUGAUUGUCACUGAUGACAUAUGGGAUAAAAAAACUUGGGAGCUGGUCAAGACCGCUUUGGUGUGUAACAAUUGUGGAAGCAGGAUAAUCACAACUACUCGUACACUCGAAGUUGCCACAAUGGCCAGUGAAGUAUACAAGCUACAACCACUUUCUCUUGAUUUAUCCAAGGAUUUAUUUCAUAGAAGAUUAUCUUGUGCUGCAAUAGAAUGGAAUAAUCAUCUUCCAGCAGUGGUAUAUGAUAAAAUUUUACAUAAAUGUGGUGGUAUACCAUUGGCUAUAAUCACAAUAGCUAGUUUGCUUGCUGGUAAACCUGUGGAGUUUUGGUCUAAGGUAUACACUUCAAUUGGUUUUGGGCAUGAAGAAAAUGAAGACGUGGAGAACACGAGGAAAAUACUUUUAUUUAGCUAUUAUGAUCUACCUUGUCACCUCAAGACUUGCUUAUUGUAUCUGAGCAUAUAUCCUGAAGAUCAUCUGAUCGAAAAAGAUAGUUUGAUAUGGAAGUGGAUCGCCGAAGGUUUUAUCCAUGAGGAACCAGGGGUAGGACUAUUCGAGAUUGGUGAGAGGUACUUCAACGAGCUGGUGAACAAAAGCAUGAUAAUGGCGGUAGAGGGAGAUGAGCAUAUUGGCAUCAUAACUGGGUGUCGUGUCCAUGACAUGAUGGUUGAUAUGAUAUGCCUAUUGUCGAAGGAGGAAAAGUUUGUUACUGUAUUGGAUAGUAAGGAGCAAUAUACAACUUCACAUUGCAAUGCUCGUAGGCUAGUUGUUCAUCGUAGAGCCCAGCCCCUGGCUAGCACGUCAACAUUACAAGCAAGGUCAUUUAAUGCCAUGUGCAGUGUUGAUUUGUUGCCAUCACUUUCAUGCUUUCAAGUUUUGCGUGUCCUAGCUUUGGAAGGCAAUGACACUUUGGAUAAGUGUAGCUAUAAGCUUGAGCAUGUUGGAAAGUUAGUUCACUUGAGGCACCUCAAACUAGGGAGGAUUGGUAUCAGUGAGCUCCCAAAGGAAAUAGGACAUCUGAAGUUGUUGCUGGUAUUGGACUUGGGUAGAAAUAGCAUAAGUGAACUUCCAGAGAGUAUUGGUCGAUUAAGUGAACUGAAGUGCUUGAACAUCUGCGAAACAGACAUUGAAGUGCCAUACUGGAUCGGAAAUUUGACAUCUCUGGAAGAGCUGUGCCUAGGACGAGUUCAUGGGCACUCCAACUUUGUGACAGAGCUGGGCAAGCUGACAGAGUUGAGGAAGCUCCACAUUUUUAAAAGCGUAUAUGUAUAUGGUGGUAGCAGAAUGAAUAGUUGGGCCGAGUCUGUAGCCAAACUGAGCAAGAUCCAAGUCAUAGACAUUGAUUUUUUUCUCGGGUGUAGAGAUUCCAGUCACGAAGAGAACCCCUGGGAACGGAUUGUUCUGUCUCCACAAAUACGUGUUCUACACAUGUCCUACCUAGAACCUGGGAUGGUGGCGAGGAUCAAUCCCUCGCUUCUUCCGAACCUGUCCCAUUUAAAACUGCAUGUAUGCAGUCCAGAACUGGAGGUCUUUGGAAGUUUUCGAGAGCUUGUUGCCCUCAAGCUGGAGACGGUGUCAACUCUCCACCAUGACACCAUUGGUGCGUUCCCCAAGCUGAGGUUCUUCAGGACAGAAGCAACGCUUGACUCGUUUCAAGAGGGGGAUAUGCCGGUCCUUGAAUCACUCCAGUUUGAGGUGGUAGCACAGUCCAGUGAUGAUGGCAUUAGCUUUGGCUUUGACUUUGCUAGCCUAGGGAACCUCCCUUUGCUUAAGCGAGUCGUCGUCACUUUAUAUGCCCCUCGUGCGGACGUGGACCAGAAGAAGGCUGAGAAUACGGCGAAGCGUGCAAUGGAUAUGCUUCCCAACCGUGUCGAGCAUUCUAUCAUACCAAGGGCUACAGAGAACUGGCGUCGGAGAUUAAAACAUCGAUUGAGCUAAUCUAGCCAUACAACUCCACCUCCACGAAACAAGGCGGGCAGCAGUGUUAACAAAUCACCGCAGAAAAAGAAAGGGGAUUGGGAGGCUUCCGUUUUUUUGCUCUAUUUAUUGUCUUUUAAGCAAAGGAAAAAAACACAAAAAACAUCUACUUAUUUUACUAUCUUUGCAAGAAAUGGAAAAGCCGCACAAACUAAAAACAAGUGUUUUUUUUGCUAUGUUCUCUUUUUUUAGCAGAAUAAAAAAUUAAAAAAAUGCUUGUUCGUUUUACUGCCUUUUGUAAUAAAAGAAAAUGAAAAUCACAAAAAAAGAUUGUUUCUCUGCCUUUUGUAGUAAUGGAAAAAACAGACACAAAAAAAAGUUUGUUUUGAGGGUUGAGUAGUCUGUUGCUUCGUUGUUCACUGACAAAAAGAAUUCUAAAAGAGGGUCUUGGGGUUUUGUUACCAUUUAUUUGGCAUGUGUCGUUUGGGUUUGUAUCCUGGGUCUUGGUUUUGGAGGUCGUGCUUGCGCGUGUGUGUGUCUUGUUCUUUGGAAUUUUGGUUUUUGAUUUAGGGGGUUCGAUGUGUAUAUGGGGGUGUGUGGAGUGGGGGUGUAACUCCGCCUAUGCUAAGAUGAUGUUGCGCUUCAUGUUGCAUAGCCGGUCUCAAGCCCGGAAAAAGGAGGAGGGGCCAAUCUUUGUUUAUUAUGAAAUUGUGUGACCAUCUUAUCUUCUUAUGGUUGAUUGUGCCCAUUACCUGUAGCAUUUGGAGAACCAAAGUAUGCAGCUGGUUUUUGGCAUUUCCCUUUUUGCCUCUUAGAGUUCCAUUUCCAUUUAGUAUUAUUUUUCUCUGACGGUGCAGCUAUAUCCUGGCUGCCAUCCACACCCAUCUCGUACAUGAUAUGUCCAGCAGAUCUAACAGGCGAAAAAGGUAUCAGCUAUGGCAUGUUUAUGUAUGAAAAAUGUGAUGUAAAGGUGAGGAGUCAGUACCUUCUGUCUGAAGUUUGAUUCAUGAUUUCAUAUCUGGAUUGACAAACUGAAGCUCUGGCUGAAAGAGCAAACUUAUGCAGAUAAUUAAUUCACUGUUGUUGAUAGAAAAGUACUCUCUUUUUUUGCUAAUAGAUAGAAAACUUCUCUUGGGACAGGCUUACGCCAGAUCAAUUACCAAAUGCAGAUCUUCCUACUUGGAUUGCUCCACAAAGGGCAGUCUCUCGUUAUGAAGGAUCUCUGCCAGAAGCUACGCUAAAGUCUGAUAUUGAAACAAAACGCUAUGUGAGGUUAGAUUCCGAGCAGAUGCUGGUUACCUUCUGCUAUUUUAGAGGCACAUCUUUGGCUUCUGAUUUAUAUCAGCUUAGGCAAAUCUAGUUCAUUAGUACUAGGGGAGACCAGGGUUUGACCAUGAACCUCAUUACCAGUUGCUUAUAUAAGACUCCACGGUUCACAUUCUCAUUUUUCAUUGCGUUCCAUGCCACCAGAACCCCAAAAGUGCUGAUGUCACCCUUAAUCCCUUAUUUAUCGGUUUCUUUCUUUUCCUAUGUGUAUUAUCGUUGAAAGAAGUGUGAUAUAAUCAAAAUUAAAAUUGAUACUAUAUGGCUUUCCCUGUUUAUUUGUGGUGCCUACAUUGGUACUUGACCACUAUAUAUUCAUGAAUUCAUGAAGUAUAGAAGCUGGUACCUCUAGUCUUUUUAUUAGCCUUUGACUGGGGAAUCAAAGCCAGCAAUUUUCUAUUCUAAGGAUUAUGGGAGUGUGGGGUUGAUUUAGAAAAUGGAGAUGUGCGGUAGUUGUGUACUUGCGUUAAAGGUUCAGCUUCUUUAAGUGGACACCUAAUUAUGUGCAGGUAGGGGAUGCUGGAGCAUGAUGCCGCACGCCUUGUAGAAGCCCUGUUUUCUUGGGCAAGGGCAGAGCGGGCAAACACAGCCAGGAUUGGAGAUGCUGGAGAAGGCCAAGGUGAGACCCGAGGACGGUGCUGGGAAAGAUGCUGUUGAGGACAAAUGAGAUACUAGUACCUUGAUAUACUGAUGGUCUAUAUAUGUACGUAUUUGAGUUGUGAAGCUUACCUGCCGGAGACCCCUUGAUGAUGGACCCCGUCAAUUCAUUCUGUCUCUUGAGCCUGCAAUUAUCAACGAGGGUGAAGGCAGAAGGCAGUGGACAAUCAGAACUGAUACAUAUACAGAUAGACUGCAAUUGUGCUUGCAUGCAGCUCUGCUUUCUAAACUCUGAAUACUUGCAUGUAUCAAGCUCUGCUUUUGCUCUGUUUUCUCAACUCUAA